AUGCCGAGAAUGCUGAAAUCUGAGAGCAAGAAAAAAAGAAACAUAAAAUGGGUAAUUAAUUGUGAUAAUCCUACAUCACUUGUAAAACUAACUCAUCAUAAACGUGCAGAUGAGAAGUAUCGUAAUACUCUUAAUUCAGCAUUUGAGUGUAAUCCUAAAAAUAGGGAAAUAAAGAAACACAGAAAUGCGAAAAAAGACGGAAAAUAUAAACAAGACUGGAAAAUUUGGAUGCAAGAGAAGUGA